AUGGGCCAGUUCCUCAGGCGAAUGGGGCCGCACCACAAGUCGCACCACAACCUGCGCCAGACCAUGCAAACAGCAUUGCAUCAGCUAAAUUAUGCGCAGACAAGGGUAACUGAUGCGCUACGAAACUUACUCGAAUGGCUCAGAGCCCAAUCUGAGACCCCAAAGGUCACUGCCACAACGGGCACAGCAAAUAGUUACUGCCGGUUUAAAGAAAAGACCGAGACACUCAUCAGCCUGCUCAGACAUCUGAGCGAGGCUUACGUGAGCUCUGAAGUUGAAGUAGAGGCCGAUGCCGCACGGCACUAUGACCAGGAACUAACCAUCAAUCUAAACCAGACUGGGGUUCUGGAUGCUGUGAUGGAUAGACAUUCGGCCACCAAAUCCACCGCUUAUGCCCUUUGUGGUACUGUUGGCGGCUGCAGCGUAGUUGCCAUCGGUUAUUUUGCCCUUGGGCUCACUGGUUGGCCCAUGAUCUUUGCUAGCGUGGUGGGUGUCGCUGUAGCGCUCGCCGGGGGCGUCACGUCGUGUAAACAUACGGAGUACAGGAAACGAGUCAGAAAAGUGAAGGACGACUUUGAAAGCUUCAGGCGGGCGUUAAAGACAGUCAUGAGAAUCCUAGCGCUCCAAUUCGCUACUUCGGCCGGUAUCAACUCGACCAUUAAAGACGAGCAUAUACGAGACGACUUUUUGAGAAGGUUUGGCCUAGAUUCCCGCGAUAUCAAUAACGAGCAGUACAUCAAGGCGAGUCUGUGCAUGGACGUUAAAUGCCUGGAUCAGGCCUUUAGGACAUUUACGGAAAAUGUAGACUGGAUUGAUGAACAUGAGGGCUUAGGUCUCAUGAGGGGGGUGGAGGCAGCUCUGACCGAUACGUAUCCACCACCGCAGACCUAUGAGCUACUGCCGUUAAAACUUGGUGGGGAUGCACAGCUCUUAGUACUAGGUUCAAAGAUACGGACAGCUCUGUGGGACUUUGAGCAGAUCGAACCUCCGCCACAAUGA